CAGGUGAAGUACAAGAAGGACUUUGAGGAGAGCAAAGGUCGAGGCUUCAGCAUCGUGUCCGACACUCCGGAGAUGCAAAGACUCAGAAGGACUCAGGAGCAGAUCAGCAUCGUAUGUACACACACACACACACACACACACACACACACACACACACUCUGUGUGCGCUUGUGUAAGUGAGAUGUGACGGGUGCAUUUUGGUCAGAGAGUACAAUAACACACACACACACACACUGUGUGUCAUCAUGGAGGUCACUGGUUGCGAUGAUGACGUCACCUCUUGAUGACAUCACCUGUUGGAGGAGGAGCCAGUGAGGUGAGUUCUUUGUAUCUUUCUUUGAGGAGGAUUAAAAGCGGUCUGUGUUUCAGUAGAAGAGAUGAUCAAUGAAUCAUCUACACAAGUUUAACUCAUCCAAGUAUUCAUGAUGUAUUCAUGAUGUAAACAUGAUGUAUUCAUGAUAUAUUCAUGAUG